AAUAUUAUGCUUGAGACCAGGGAAAAGUAGAGGUGAACGAUAAACCGGUUUGGGAAUUGGAACCGGUUUUUAACCCAUAUAGAAACUGAUAGUGAAACUGCUUUGGAGCUGACCCGGACGGUGGAUUGCAAACGGCAAACCUAUAUUUUGAAACCGGUCAAACCCGAACUAAAUUAUUUCAAAAACCGCUUUUGCCCAUCUUUAAGCCAACCUAAACCGGUUUGGGCUUAGAACCCGAUUGAUUUGUGUUGAACAAGGAAUAUUUAAGCAAAACCUAGUUAUUUCAUUUAUAUCUCUUCUAAGCAUUAGAUCGCCUCCGUCCGUCUGCCCUUCGAUUUGCUGGUAAUUUUUGAGGUGAGGGAGCAUCUCAUACAUAAACUGUUGUUCUUUGUAGUUUUUUACUAUUAUAAAUUUAUAAUAAUCCUUUCUUGGUUGAUUUUCUCUUUUUUUUUUUAUUUCAUCAAGAAUCGUCUUUCUUAGGCAUAAAACCUAGUAAAGAUAGAAAUAUAUCACCAGCCAGAUCUACACAGUUGCUAACUAAGGUUUCAAUCUUUUUUUCAAGUAACGAUCACUGUUAGUUGUCAGUGGCGAAGCUUGAGAUUUCCGACCGAUGGGGGAGUCACCGGACAUAAAAAUUUCAGUAAAACUGGGAGUCGAAAACAUAUAUACCAAAAAAAUUCUACGAAAACUACAUAGUAUCCACUACUGGGUGAAAAGUUCGGGGGAUCGGCCGCCCCCUCCCGCCCCUUAAAAGUUUCGCCCAUGAUCACUGAUCCACAGGUCUUUUUUAAAUGAAAUGUCAUCACUUUCAUGCUUUCAUCCGUGAAGCUUAAUUAGCUUGCAUUGAAGUCUUGUAAAUCUCUUCCUUUGCAUGCAUGCACAAAGUAAUCUUGUUGUCAUGUUGGGUUGUUAUUUUGUUAAAGAUUAGCUAUGCGUGAUAUCAUAAAAACUUAUUUGUUGUGUCUAGCUUGCUUCCUGUAACACCAGUAAAAAGUCAAGGCAUACACUUUUAAAGUAUUUAUUGCUGGUAAUUUAAAUUAACUUAAUAGACACGCAUUUUAAGAUUUUUUUUUAUGAAAAUUUAACUUCAUUGAAACACGUCACCGACCCAAUUGGGCAAGAGGCAAUACUUACAAACGCGCCCCAAAUGGGCAAAAGCCAAAAAAUUACAACAUAUACAAAGCUGAAUUUUUAAGAUCUUUUAAAUGAUAAAGAUUUCUCUACGGAAAAUCGACCUGGUUUGGGGGCUUUCUUGCUAAUUACUAUCAACCUUUGUUGGCGUUUUUAUGUAACCACUUGUAUCCGUAGUAUUUUUAACAAUGGUCACGGUUCUAUCAUAUUGACGCUUUUGGACUCGAAGGAGAAGUCAUGAUGAUUAUGAUGGUUUACUAAACAUGCAUGUGAAUGUAACAGAAAAGGAUCUAGCUUAUAUAUGAAUGCAUAUUUGUAUCAAGGUAGAGAAUGGAUUCUAGCAAUGGGAAAAAGAAUGUAGAAGAAGAUAGACUAAGCAGCUUGCCGGAUGAUCUUAUCUACAAAAUCCUCGCUUUUAUUGGCAUAGAAUAUGUUGUUCAAACGAGUGUUUUGUCAUCUAGAUGGAGGUUUAUUUGGACUUCAAUGCCUUAUCUCAAUUUCUCAAGGGAAAAAAUCUAUCACCCGCACAAGUUCUCCAAAUUUAUCACACAUUUUUUCUCUAGCCGCAAUAAUCAAACAAAAGUGUCUUCUGUCAAACUUAGUUUUCAUGGAGAGGAUAAUCAGGAUGUCGAUGUGUUUGUCCAACAGAUUAUGGAGUAUGCAUUCUCUCACAAUAUUCAACAAUUGAAUGUUGCAUGCUUGUUUGACAAAUAUGGUGUUGAAUUCCCUCAUUUUCUCUCUAGUUCUCAGUCUCUUAAACAUCUUAGUGUGACAAAGGAACACGUCUCAGCUACACCGUACCUUAGAACAUAUGUGGUUAAAGCACCAUCUACUUGGGAGUUCCCAGCCUUAACAACUUUGUACCUCCAUGAUGUUCAUUUGUGUUGUGAUGAAACAACUGAUAAGUGCAUUGAUCUUUUCUCCAAGUGUCCCAACUUAAAGAGUCUCACCAUAAAAAGCUGCUAUAUGGGAGUCAAGGUUUUAAGUAUUUGUCUUCCUCUACUCUCUAAUCUUACACUUGAAAGUAUUCGUGGGGGUGUAAAGGUCUUCAAUAUUGUUUCACCUCAACUCAAAAAUCUCACUAUGAAAAGUGACUCUCAGUAUUAUCCAAGGUAUGCACGCGACCGUCAAUAUCAGAUAUAUGCACCCGACCUUGUGUUCUUGCUCUAUAGAGGAUAUGAUCACUUGCAACUUUAUACAAACGGUUUCCUUUCUUUGGAGAAGGCAGAUAUUUGCGUAUCCAGUCCAAAAGAUGCUCAUGAAGUUCUACAUCUGCUUCCACAACUUCACAAUGUCAAGUCUCUUACACUUAACUUGGAAAUUGUUGAGCAACUUUCUUCGUCCGUGGAAUUAAUGUCGCAUCCACCUUCUCCAUUUGUGAACUUAAGGAGUUUAAAGAUAUAUCCAACAAGUGAACAUUCGAGGGUGGAAAAACACAAAAGCGGAAAGAUGUCUGCAGAACUCAAACGCUAUCUCUUAGAUGCUUCUCCAGGUGCCAUCGUCACAAUGGUUUCACGUGAGGAUGUUAGAGCUAUAAAAAACACCAGGUUGGCACAAAAUCUUACUACAAAGUUAAUGGCGCUGCUACAGCGGGUGAGAUCUAAUAUAGAGACCAUAAUGGCAAAGAUUUAUGAACAAAGGAAGGCGCAAGUUGAUAAAGUUAUCGUUGCCGAUUGGAAUGUCCAUUGGUGUUGGAAAAUUUUGAGCGAGCGGGUUGAGAAAAGGGAAGAAAAGCCUUCUGGCGUCAUUUCAAAGUUGAACGAGAUUUUAAAAUUACUGAGAACGUUGCCUGCAUCGAACAGGGCUACCAUUCAACCAUCAAUUUCUACUUUGUGGGCAGAGGCUGACAUUGUCAUGAAUCUAAUGACUGAUUUAAUGAAGAUGUAUUUUGACGAGAAGCGAAGACAUUUAAGUGUGUGCUGCCAUGAACUUGCUACAACAUUGUAGCCAUCGUCUUAGGAGAUCGUAACUUCUUAAUUAACCUUUUGAGUACACAAGUGAUGACUAUAUUCUAAUUGCUAUUGCUCUUUUGUUUGGAUA